UUCAGUAUAGCAAAAGCCCAAUUUUAUGUAACCCCAGGUUUCACUUUAGAGCCUACAGGUGCAACCACCUCAUUGUUGUCGCCAUCCGGAUUAUACGCCUUCGGUUUCUACCCACAAAGCGGAGGCUACGGGGUUGGUAUUUAUAUGGCUGGACUUCCAGAAAGGACGUCUGGACGGCUAGUCGUGACAACCUUCCAUUCUCAGAUAAUGCUACUUUGAGAUUCACAUCUGAUGGAAGGCUGGCUGUGGAACAAGCACAAGGUCAACAAAUCAAUAUAUUUGAUGCUGGUGGUGCUUAUUUUGCUACCAUGCAAGACUCCAGGAACUUUGUGCUCUACGAUUCCACAGGGACGAGGGUACUUUGGCAAACCUUUGAACAUCCAACAAAUACCCUUUUGGCUGGACAAAGUCUCAAACCCGGCCAAACAUUAUUUUCAAGUGUCUCGGAGACAGACCAGUCAAUUGGGGUGUUCAGGCUCGAUAUGCAAUUCGAUGGGAUAUUGUGCUAUACCCGAAUAGAGGGAAAGCCACAGAUCAAGCUUACUGGGAUACCAAAACAUUUACAUCCGGAGCCACACUAAAUCUUGAUUAUUAUGGUAAUCUGUAUCUGUUGCAUAAAUCAACUUCUUUUAUCAAGAAUCUAACACAAGGAGGAUGUCCUACAAAAGAUGCACUCUAUGUCAUCAAAUUUGAUGCCGACGGAAUCUUUAGAUUGUAUUAUUAUGAUCUAAGUAACAAGAGCAAGAAUGGAUCUGUCACAUGGGCAUCGUCGUCAAACAUGUGUACAGGGAAGGGUCUUUGUGGCAACAAUGGGUAUUGUGUAGUCAGGAACCAUAAUGCUAGAUGUCGAUGUAUUCCGGGGUUUGAAUUUGUCAACAGAAAGCGUCGGAGUUCGGGUUGCCGGAGAACUUACACUGCAGAAAGCUGCAGGAUUCUGGAUGCACAGACCGCAAUCUAGAUGACAAAUUUGAAUAAUUCUCAAUGGGAAGAUACCCCGUAUCAUAUCUCAAAAGCACCUACCCAGGAAGAGUGUUCAUCUGCUUGCUUACACGACUGCAACUGCACCGCGGCAUUGUACACAGGGCAAGAAUGCAGGUUGCAAAACCUCCCAUUACAAUACAUAGAAGUAGGAGAUGGCUACUCAAAUGUUGGGUUUUUUAAAGUGUACACAUCUACUCCAAACAGUUAUCCCGGAGAGUGUAAUUAUUCUUUGGCUUGUGGGAGAAAUGGCAUUUGCUCAGGUAAUCAACAAUGUAGUUGUCCAGUAUCAAGCUAUCCCAGGAUAGACUAUUUCAGAGCAGUUAAUGAUCGGCAGCCACACCUAGGUUGUUAUGAAAUAACUCCUCUGACAUGUACGGCCAUCCAAGAUCAAACUUUUAUUGCACUUGAGAACGUUACGGUCUUCAACUUUACUACAGACAUGGAGAGUGUGGACAUAGAGGCUUGCAAACAAGCAUGUGUCAACAAUUGCUCAUGCAAAGCAGCUCUAUUUCAGUAUGGUUCUGAUUCUUCAAGUGGAUAUUGUUAUUUACCUUUUGAGCUCUAUACAAUGAUUAAUGUUGAUCCAGAUGUAAUUCAUCACAAUGCUACAGCUUUCAUAAAAGUGCAAAAUGUAAGAUCACCGCCUUCUACUUCUAAGUCUCGAUCGAAUGUAGGAGUUAUAUUAACUUCCACUAUUGGUAGUGUUUUGUUUCUGCUUGGGGUUAUUUGUUUUCUUAUUUGUAUAAUCCGUAAGCGAAAAAGGGACACUCAUGGGGAGGGAGAGUCUAUAGGCGAGGUACCAGGAAUGCCAAAUCGAUUUUCCUAUGAAGAGUUGAAAACCGCCACAAUGAAUUUCAAUAAAAAGCUUGGUGAAGGGGGAUUUGGAGCGGUUUUUGAAGGGACUCUUGAAGACGGCACAAAGAUUGCAGUAAAAUGUCUUGAGGGUCUUGGGCAGGUCAACAAAUCAUUUCUAGCUGAGGUUCAAUCCAUUGGAAGCAUUCACCAUGUGAAUCUGGUUACACUCAGAGGAUUUUGUGCAUGGAAAUCACAACGUUUUCUGGUGUAUGAGUUCAUGAGUAAUGGGUCAUUAGAUAGGUGGAUCUACCAUGGAGACCAAGAGCACAAACUGGAAUGGAAAUGCAGAAAGAAAAUUAUUCUUGAUAUAGCCAAGGGUCUAUCAUAUCUUCAUGAAGAGUGUAGGCAAAAAAAUAUCCACCUGGAUAUUAAGCCUCAAAACAUAUUGCUAGACAAUGAUUUCAAUGCCAAAGUAUCUGAUUUGGGUUUGUCAAAGCUCAUUGAUAGAAAUCAAAGCAAGGUGAUGACUACAAUGAGAGGAACCCCGGGAUAUCUGGCUCCAGAAUGGUUGAGCUCGGUUAUUACAGAAAAAGUGGAUGUAUACAGCUACGGGAUCGUUCUCUUGGAGAUGUUAUGUGGCAGGAAGAAUUUUGACAGAUCUCAGCCUGAAGAAAGCUGGCACUUACUCGGUGUGUUUCAAAAAUGUUGGGAACAAGGGAUAUUAUUAGAUAUGGUUGACAAGUAUAGUGCAGAUAUGCAAACACAGUUUAGAAGUUGUGGAGAUGAUGAAAUUGGCUUCAUGGUGUUUACAAUCUGAUUUUACGAAAAGACCUUCAAUGUCCACAGUGAUGAAGGUGUUAGAAGGUGUAUCAAAAGUCGAAUCUAGCUUGGAUUACAACUUCACAAAUCCGAGAUUACAAAACACAACAGCUGAA